AGGCAGAGUUUCGGCUGAUACUGUACUCAAGUCAGCCGUUGCAGUCAUGUCACUCUGAAGUAACAGUCGUUUACAGUGGCUGCUACGAGAUGAAGCGAGAUGAUCCUGUAUCGGAGAUCCUUUCUUUGAAAGGAUGGUUCGUCCAGGUAUCGGAGUCUUUGUCUGCGGCCCUCCUACCCUCGGGCCAGGGACCGGGCCAGACUAGGGAGUCUCAGGGAGUGUCUGCUGACCCAGCACCCUCACCAGGAGAGACCCAGGAGGUGUCUGAUCCCUCAGAGCUCCAGGAGGACUUAGGGUCCCAGACCUCCAGGGCUGUUGUGUCCUCCAUGGACCCCCAGCAGAGGCUACAGGCCCUCCAGGCUCAGCUGGCUCUACGGGGCAUGAGUAGGCCUAGCAGCUCCUGUUCUGGGGCUUCCCCAUCUGCAGAGUGUCUGUCUAUCAUACCCGAGGAGAGUGAGGUGGUGGGGAGCAGGGUGAGCUGGGCAGCCUCAUGGCACUCCAGUAAGGCUGGCACAGCAGUGAACAGUUACGGGGAUGGUGAGGAUCAGUCCAGCUCAUCGGAUAGCGAGGACGAGAUAGUGAAGCAGUUUGAGAUCUCAGUGUCUCGCUCUCAGAGCUUCCGCUCUACAGGGACCACCGAGGUUGUAGCCCAGGCUGCACCGGGAAAACGCCACAAGUUCACCCGCCUACUCUCUGACCAGGAGGAGGGCAGCACAGAGCCCUCAGACUGCGAAGACGUGGACGGAGACGUGAGCAGGCUGAGUUACCAGAACCCCCUGUCGUACGGGGAUGAGAAGCUGGGCUCCCUGGGGUCCCAGGAAAUGGCUGAGGGUCUGGACGGCCCACCACGGGAGGGCUCGCUGGACACAGGGGGCAGCCCGGCCCCCAACAUGAGUCGCCAGGCCACCGAGGGGAGCCUUGAGAUGGAGACAGCCGUGGACAACCAGGGUGACGACAACAACGACCCUACAGACAGCUCCUCCACAUGGAGCCCAGAGCAGGAGCAUCUUCCUGUAGAGGAGGUCCUCCCUUGCCCCCCCAGCUCCACCUCACGCCCCCCUAUCACCAAAUGUGGUGACCUCGAGGUCACCCUGGACUACAAGGCCGCCUCUCAGAAGCUGUUUGUUACCGUUGUGACCGCGCGGGACAUCCCAGACAAAGGGCGCAGUGGGAUGGACUCGUGGCAGGUGCACGUGGUCCUGCUCCCGGCAAAGAAGCAGCGUCAUAAGACCUCCGUCCAGAAGGGGUCCGUGCCCGAAUUCAACGAGACCUUCCGCUUUUCACACCUGGAGCCUUCAGAGCUGGGUACCUCUGCCCUGCGCUUCCGGCUCUACGCCCUGGGGGGCCGGAUGUCCCGCGAGCGCAUGAUGGGUGAGAAGGUGGUCCGCCUUGAGGGGCUGAGCCCAGAGGGGGGAGAUAUGGACACCACGCUGGUGCUGGAGCCCCGCAGCAACAUGAAGAGUGUUGACUCUCAGGUCAGUCUAGCUGGGGUGUCCCAGAGUGACAGUGCGUCCUCCACCCAGUCUCUAACCCACGGGGGCGUCCCUGAGCUGCUGGUGGGCCUGUCCUAUAACGCCACCACCGGACGCCUCUCUGUGGAGCUCAUCAAGGGAAGCCACUUCCGCAACCUGGCCAUUAACAGGCCGCCCGACACCUAUGGGAAGCUGACUCUGCUCAACUCAGUGGGCCAGGAGAUCUCCAGGUGUAAGACAUCAGUGCGGCGGGGGCAGCCCAACCCCGUCUACAAGGAGACCUUUGUGUUCCAGGUUGCCCUGUUCCAGCUGUGUGACGUCACCCUCAUGGUGUCCAUCUACAACCGCCGCAGCAUGAAGCGUAAGGAGAUGGUAGGCUGGCUCGCCCUGGGCCAGAACAGCAGCGGGGAGGAGGAGCAGCUGCACUGGCUGGACAUGAAGGAGUGUAAAGGCCAGCAGGUCUGUCGCUGGCACGUCCUCCUGGAAGCCUAGAAGCCAGGAUGGAGAGGAUGGGAAGCAAUCCCCAACACUUACCCAGUCACUUAGGGCCCAAUUCCGACUUAUUAUGCCUUUCUUACUCACCGCUUUCCUACGCACUUCUCAGUAGUUGGUAUUCAGACUUACCUUAUGAAGGUGGGAACAGGGAUUUGCAGGUUUGGUUCCCUUGCACGUUUUCAUUCAAUAGGGUUUUCUGUACAUUUAUCUUAAACCAUCCUUUUAAAUACGGUGUACCUUUAAGUUUGAAUUUUGUCGACAGACUCACUAGAAUAUAUAGUGAGAACGGUUCAGAAUA